GUUGACAGAGUGAGGCCUUGUUCUCGUUCUUACAUUCCUCUCUUUCUCUUUCUCUCCAGGUGGGACAAGAUGGAGAGUUCAUAGGAAGGAUAGACCCGAGAUCGCUUCUGUAAUGUCAGCAAAGGCCAAGGUGCUACUGUGGGUGCUCUUCUCUUUGCUGCCUCUAGUAGAAGGAGCUCAUAUGAAAGCCGGUUCUGCUGGUGUGGGAUCAGACUCGCGCCGGGCUGUGGGCCUGCUGGGAGGUCAGGAGGAGCGCGAGUUCCCUGUGACGCUGCCAGAGGUGGUGGAGGACGAGGAGCAGGAAGAUGACAGUGACCCUUACUCCACUUGGCAUUCUCUUUAUGACCCCUUUGUGAUAGAUGAGGUCGAUGACCAUCCCAGUAGUCGCUGGGUGGGACGCUCUCCCCGCUCCUCUGACCCCUCAGAACCUCAACCCAAGGGAUCACCAAAAAAAAAGAAGAAGAGGAAGAAGAAAGAAAAGGAGGAAGCGGUAGAGACAGGAAGAGGAGACAGAAAGGGUAAAGGUAAAAACAGGCAGCCGAAGCAGAGCAGCAGGGACUGUCGUGUGGAAAAGAGAGAGAUGAGGGUACGGGACCUGGGUUUGGGGUUUGACUCUGACGAGAUCGUCCUCUUUAAGUUCUGUGUCGGCUCCUGUCAGUCCUCAAGAACAAACUACGACCUCGCUCUGAAGGCGCUGCUGGAAAACGGGUCACUACCUAGGCGCACUGCUCGUAAGGUCAGCAACCACCCCUGUUGCCGGCCUGACCGGUAUGAGCCUGUUUCUUUCAUGGACGCUCAAACCACCUGGAGGACCAUCCAGUCAUUAUCUGCUGCCAGCUGCAUGUGCAUGGGCUAAAAGAAUGGACGAAAAAAAUAACAAAGAGGAGAGGUGUCGCUUGUCCUGUGCAGAGACGAAUCAAGAGGCUCAGUGUGAGGAUGGUCAGAGGGGGGCGCUGCUACAGAAACACAGCAAAGGAAGUAAAUGAGACAACUUGUUCUGUGUAUUUCCUUUUGAGGAUGGGGAGGUCUGGAUGCUGCUGGACGAUGGUGGUCAAAAUCAAAAGCCUGAAGGGAACUAAUCAGGUUCACAGUCUGGAGUUAUUGUUUCUUCCUCAAAGAGAGAAUGUUUUUAAAUGAAUAACUGUUAACUACUGUGGGAACCUCCACACCAGUUAUCAGACAUUAAAGAGACUGAAUACAUGGACAUGUUUGAGUUUUAAUGGGCAAGUCCUCAAGGCUAAAACUCAAAUAUACAAAGAAAAGACACAAUACCAGGACUGACACUGUUUUUAUAUUGGAAUUAAGACUGAAAAACACCCAAUAAGACGCUCACUUUUAAUCACAGUGAAGUCAAAACCUCCUAAAGCAAUAUCAUUUAUAUCACAUAAGAACAGGCAUUACAUUGUUUCUAUGUUCAGAUGAACUCAGCCAAAUGGAUGCCAUGCAUCUUCAUGUAUUACUGUGUCAAAGUAAAAUAUAUUUAUUUCUGAUAAAUUAUUUAUUUAUUAUAGCUUGAUACGAGAGCUGUUUUUUAUAUAUUAACUCCAUAUUGUGGAUAAAUAUCUAUUUAUUAUGAAGACUCAGAUUUCAUGUGGACAGUUACUGCUUACAUGCAGUACGUGCAUUUCUCUUUUUUUAAUGCAGAUUUUCACAUUUAUCCAGCAUCUCAUACAGCCCGACUACAGAUUCUGCUCAGACUAAAAUUGGAAGCAGUAAACAUUUCUGAAAUGAUUAGAGUUAUUUUAUAAAAUAAAAUCUUAAUCCAAAGUCUUAGGUUCUCUAUGGCAUUGAUUUCUUUUUUAUUUUAUCUUGAAAUCCUCGUCAUUAAAAAAGAAACAAAUCAGCCUGCAUUGAAUCAAUGUGGUAUAUCUGGUUAACUUUGAAAAAAGCAAGUUUGACAGUAGAUAUUUAAUUUUGCAGUGAUAACUUUAUCAGUGUUCCUGAGCGAAGUCAUAACUUAAGUGUCCAGAGUGGGAAGACUUUUUUUUAUAUAUGUAUACAACAGGACCUCAAUUCAUUUCUCAUCUUAGUAUGGGGAGGAAGUUCCACUCUGUUACACUUCUCCAGUAUGUCACAUUAAUAUUAUUGUUUCAUAAAGUGUACUUUAUUUUUGUAUGGCAUAAUCCUCUAAGGGAAUAAAGCUUUUUAAUAUA